GAAAUAUGAGAGUGCAUAAGUAUCGCCACCCUUAACUACUGCCCUCUCUCAAUUCAUUCACACCAUCUUCUUCCUCAACCUAAAUCGUCUGCAUCUCUAACCCUAACCCUAGCUAAGCCACUUUCACCAUUUUCAAACUCCAUCUUACUGUAUAUAUAUAUAUACAUUCAUCGUCGAUCCAUCUCGAUCUCUUCCUCCUAAUUCCAAACAAUUUUCAACAAGAUGAACGAAGAUGAAAUCAUAUCUCCUCCUACGACGAAGACGACGGUAAUUUCAUUUACGAAAUUUUUCAGCGAUCCAGAUUGGUCAGUUAUUCUCCUAAUUCUCCUUCCACUUUCCUUCCUCCUAUUUCUCUCAAUAACUCCAACCGCAUCUCCAUUAGUCUCCCUUCCAUCAUUCGGAGCAGUGAAAUCCUUAUUAUACAACCGCGGACCUGUCACUAAUUCCUCCUCCGUCGCCGAAUCGGAUGCGAGCAAGAGAUUGCAUCGUUCGAGAAUCGCCGUCUGUUUAGUCGGAGGCGCGAGGAGAUUCGAACUGACCGGACCUUCGAUUAUGAAGAAUAUACUCGGUGCUUAUCCGAAUUCAGAUCUGUUUCUUCACAGUCCGCUUGAUUCGAAUUCGUAUAAGUUAUCUGUGCUUAAAUCUGCGCACAAAAUCGCCGCUGUACGGAUCUUCAAGCCCAAACAUAUACCGGAAACUGAGUCACAAGCACGAGUUCUAACCGCUAGUAACUCGCCUAACGGCAUACAGGGUCUUUUACAAUAUUUCCAGCUUGUAGAAGGUUGCCUCACCAUGAUAAAAUCCUAUCAACAAGAGAAUAAUUUCACCUACGAUUGGAUAGUUCGAACCCGAGUCGAUGCUUAUUGGUCAACUCCGUUAAGAUCCGAUUAUUUCAUCUCCGGUCUUUAUGUAGUCCCUCCCGGUUCAUCCUACGGCGGUCUUAACGACCGCCUUGGGAUAGGCGAUUUCCUCACUUCCUCGGUGGCCCUCUCCCGCCUAUCCCUAAUACAUCAACUCGACUCAGCUGGCUACCGUCAACUCAACUCAGAGUCCGCCUUCAAGGCCCAACUCAAAGUAAAACAGAUUCCCUACCUGACAAUGUCUGUACCAUUUUGCGUUAUGUCGGAUAGGAGGUACAGUUUUCCACCGGAUAAGAAUGGGGUUCCUGUGGCGGCGAUAUCGAGUAGGGGACCGCUAAGCGGUGCCAAGUGUAGGCCGUGCACGGCGGCUUGCUCCGGUUUGUGUUUGGAGGUGAUAAUGCCGGCUCUUGAUCGUGGUUGGAGUUGGACCGAGUGGGGGAAUCAGACGUUAGAGCUUUGUGACGCGCAUGGGGCGUGGGAGAAGGGGUGGGAAAAGUUGUUUGAUAGGAAGGCGGGGAAGAGGUUAGCGGCCGAGAGGAGAAGGGUUAUGGGAUUGGAUAUUCAGAGAUGUCUUGCUUGGUUCGAGAUAAUGAAAUUGAAGACGAAGAAUUGGGAUGCGCCGCCGGCUGCGGAUAUAUGUGGUUUGGGAGGGUUGAAACCAACUUAUGGACGGCCCAAUUGAGUUGGUUAAGAGUCGUGUAUAAAAGAGUAUAAGACGGAGAAAAUGAUACUUCAACAAAACAAAAGAGAAAAAAAAAUAUGCUUCCCUUCUUUUACAAAAGAAAUUAUCUUCUUUCUUUUUGGGUAAUUUUUUUGUUGAUCUCGGUGUUUGAGAUUAUUUUGUUGGUGGUUGUAUAUUGUAAUUUUACUUUUUUGGAGAAUCGAGCUUCUUUAUAUA